AUGCCACAUAUUCAGAUUGAUGCCACAUUGAUUAGUGCUCUGGUCGAGAGGUGGAGACCAGAGACACAUACUUUUCAUAUGACACAGGGUGAGAUGAGUAUCACCUUGCAGGAUGUGGCCGGUAUACUGGGAUUGCCUAGUGACGAGCAAGUUGUUACCGGAUCUACAUCCGAGAAUUGGCCUGCCGUUUGUGAGGCUAUUUUUGGUGCCAGGCCUCGGGUCAGUGAGUUUCGUGGCACAGGCGACCUACGCAUCUCAUUCUUCGAUCGGUUGUGGGCCCAAUGGAGUGAUGCAGCUGAGGAUCAUGAUCGAGAGAUUUUUUUCACGAGGGCGCAUAUUGCCCGUAUGCUAGGGUGUUGGCUAUUGUGCGACAGGUCUGGAGGUAGCAACAUGGGUUGUCGACUACUCCCGUUGCUUGGGGGAGGAUUUGAUGACAUUGGCCCAUAUAGUUGGGGAUCUGCAGUUCUGGUACACUUGUUCAGGAAUUUGUGA